AUGCCUUGCACGGAGGUCCUACAGGAGGCCAAAGCGGCUGCAGCCUCGUCGAAGGGCGGCUCGCUGAUCUCCAGUGGAGCAACCUACGAUGACUUGGAAAAGAGAAUAGAGCAGAUUUCUGAUGAGGAUCCUCUUGAAAAGAGAAUCCAAGAUGCUGAGCUGUUGCGCGACCUCUAUGUUCGGAAUGGCAAGGAGGAUGAAGCACGAAAGCUCAAUGAUCAGAUCAAAGAAGCAAAGAAGGCCGUCAAAGUCGUCGAACAGCCAAAGAUCGAUUGGGCGAAUCCGCCUGCGGAGCUGAUCGAGGAUGCCAAGAAGCAGGGCCUAGAUUUGACGGAUCCGGUGGUCGUCCAAGAGCUGAAACGUUUGGAGCGCGAGGCCGACCUGGACAACCGAGAAGAAGAGGAGCAAGAGGAGGAGGAAGACUCAGAUGAAGUAGUGCCAUGGAGGAGGUACUUCAUUUUCUUCACCGUUGUUUACAUCUUCUGGUGCUUGGUGGACGUGGCCUUGACCGUGGCUCCAAAGCAGCCACCGGUGCCAAAGGUCCAGGUGAAACCGGCGCCACCAGUGCCAGGUGACACGGAGACGGGGCAUUCCCUGGAGCUGGAGAGCGAGACAGAGAAUGUCGAGACUGCCAUGGAGGAAGAAUUGGAGGCUCAUUUUCUUUGCACGCGAUUUUCAUUAAAAGAAAGAGAGAUGAAGGGUCGCAGGGCUUGUGGAUAG